AUGCACAAGAUUGCAACCGUCAUUGGCACCACAGGCGUUGGCAAAUCGCAGCUGGCUGUCGAACUAUGCAAGGCGCUUUGCGGACAAGUGAUCAAUGCUGACUCAAUGCAGGUCUAUAAGGGUCUAGAUAUCAUCACCAACAAGAUGCCUGUGCAUGAACGGCAAGAUAUACCUCAUCAUCUUAUGGAUUUUCUCGAGCCAGAAGAAGAAUACAAGGUCACUGAUUUUCAAAACGACGCGACUCGUUGUAUCGAGGAUCUAAGUGCAAAAAAGCAAUUACCGGUGGUUGUUGGUGGCACCAAUUAUUACAUUCAAUCACUCCUCUGGCACAGCAUGCUGAUUACGGACCAAGAAACACAACCGAAGCCGACAGAGUUGGAUCAUCUUGAUACCCAGGAGCUUUUGACCCGUUUACAAAAGGUGGAUCCUAUCAUGGCGAACCGAUGGCAUCCUUCGGAUCGACGCAAGAUCAUACGCAGCCUACAAAUCUAUUAUCAGACGGGGCGUCCACAAAGCGAGAUCAUCAAAGAGCAACAAGAACACCACGAACGACAUGGGGUCCAAUCAAGAUUCAAAUCAUUGAUAUUCUGGCUAUAUGCGGAUCCUUCCAAACUCAAUCCUCGGCUAGAUGACCGUGUGGAUACCAUGAUCAAGGAUGGUCUAUUUGACGAGAUCAAAUCUUUGAGAAAGCAAGUAGUGGAUGGCCAAGUUAAGCUACCUGGUCAGGAUCUUGAAAGAUACCAACGUGGUCUAUGGCAGGCUAUAGGCUACAAAGAAUUCGAUCCUUAUUUUUCUGCCAUUGAACAAGAUACGCAUGGGGAAAAGGAGUUGGAUAAGAUACGCAAUGAAUGCACCGAACGAAUGAAAUCGGCAACGCGACGUUAUGCAAAACGACAAGUACAGUGGAUUCGCAACAAAUUGUUACCUAUUGUGGCCAAAUCCAAGGAUGUCGACAUAUACCUCUUGGAUGCAACAGAUCUUGAUUCCUGGGAGACAAAUGUACGAUUACCAGCAAUACAAGUCGCUGAAGCUUUCCACAAGAAUGAAACAAUGCCCGAUCCGCUGAGUUUGAGUUCAAUUGCAUCAACAAUGCUGUCGCCAUCAUCAUCUCGACUUGACUCCCAGACACGUGUAUUGACUUGGCAAAAGCAUACUUGUUCUGUUUGCAAGGCGACCAACGGUGAAAGCUUGAUCGUGAAUGGUGAUUUGGAGUGGAAACAACAUUUAUCAAGCCGUGGUCAUCGAGCAGCACUCAAACGACAAAACAAUGCCACCCGUAACCAAGCAACAAAACAAGAGAAACGCACCAAAAUAGACGACACGACCGAAGAAUAA